AGCUUGGAUUGGGAAAUAGUGAAUACUUGGCUAUAUUCUUCAACCUUCUGUUACCAAUAUUCUAUGAGGUAGGUUAGUUGAGACAUAUCAAUGUUCUAAUGGAUCAACUUUACAACAAUAAUUAUGAAUUUCAACUUGUAGGUCUCAUUACUUUGAUAGUGUUUCAUAGUAAUCCAAAUAUCUUUCAGAAAUAAUUGCUUAAUCUUGUAUGCUUAAAAGAAAGUGAAAAUGCACAGAAAAUAAGUUUUAAACUUUGGUUAAUAAUUUUUAUAAACAUAUAAAUAAGUAAGUUACAUAUGUAUAAUCUGGCACUGUAAUGAUGUAAUGAGGAAUAAAUGACUUUGAUAACUAGCUGAUAAUUGCCUGUUAUCAUCAUUUUUUUUUUAAAUAAAAGGAAGUUAAAUAUGGAAGUGAUUGCAUGCAUAAUAGAUAAUAAAUGAAGGACUGUGUUCAAACUGUGUGAAGGAGAUAACGUAACAAAUUAUGGUGAAGCUUGAAAUGACAGGACAAUAGAAGGAGAACGUUGUUCUUUUAUUGUCCUAUCUUUUCCUUUCAAGCUUCAACCUACCUUGUUCCACCAUUUCCUUGCAUCCAUAAAUCAAGGCACAUUACUUAUUAGACUGAUCAAACUGAUGUUCUUCUCUUAAUAUAUAAACAAAAGCUUUGUACUAGUGCUCAACACAAUUAAUGAACUUUUUUUGAUUUAGAAUUUAUUUUUGGUAUGUUAAUGAAAUUAAAAAUAUUAAAGCAAAAGCUUUUUAGUAAUUUUAGUAGCGUUUUAAAUAUUUCAUUUAAUUUAAUAUAAAGGUUUUUAUAUUGGAAACUAAAGAUCAACAAAAUCUUUGUUUAGGUGUCAAUUAACUAUAUAUCGUUUGUUUUGUGUUAACAGUAUGCAAUGACUAACAUUAUUAUUCUCUUUGUAUACUUUCACAGUUUAAAUCGCUCAUUUUCACUAAAUAGGUAGAUAAAAAAUUACAAUGAAAGUGGUUUCAGCAAUUGAAAUUAAUUACACACAGAAUGACAUGCUUUAGCUUGAGUUAAAUUAAAACAGACACGUAUGCUUCAGCUUACAGACCCGUACGCUUCAGCUUACAGACCCGUACGCUUCAGCUUACAGACCCGUCUGCUUCAGCUUCCAUUUGAAUUACUCCCGGACUGAUUUCAUAUUUCUUAUUUCAUAAUUAUAAAAUAAUUUUCUUGAAACUAAUUAACCAAUCAGAUUCUUUAUUUUGAAGUUUGAUCCGGAACUUGUGCUUGUGUCCGCUGGCUAUGACUGUGCCGUUGGAUGUCCUGAGGUGAAUAUUUGUCAUUGAACUUUUUUAUGUCACAGAAGUCGAUUGAAUUUGCUGAGAUUUUGUUGUUCUGUUAAAAAUAAUGAAUAAUUUUUCUGCCAUGGAUAAAAUACUCCCCUGUUCUCAUUUUUCUUCUGAGAUUAGGGUGAGAUGGAUGUUACCCCCGCAUGCUUUGCACACUUCGUGAAUUUGCUAAUGCCCCUAGCUAAUGGAAAAGUGGGUCUCAUUUUGGAGGUAAUCUCAGACAUGUGGGUAAAAGUUGUAUUCCCCUGUAAAAAGAAAUAAUUUUUAUUCAAAUUCAUAUAUAAAGAAUUAGCUGUAAUAAAUUUAUUAGAACUUAUUAUUUUCAUUAGAAACAGAUCUGGUCUUCAAUUUUUUAUUUUUCUAUUGCUGUCCUGAAAUCGUUAGGGAGGCUAUAAUUUAAAGUCCCUGUCUGAGUCGGUGGCACUGAGUUUACGGGCACUUCUGGGAGAUCCAACCCCUAAAAUAGCACCAGUCUCAGCCCCAAGACAAAGGUAA